AAAUGCUUUUUGCCAGCGAAGUAUAUGCCCUUAUCACGAGUCCACACACCGAGUCAAAGACCGAGUCUACCUCAUCGGCUUUUUUAGUUUUCUUCUUCCCUUCCUUCUCAAUACGCAAAUCUCUUACCUCCCGGAGAUGAACGCCGCCGUUAGAGCUGCGAUUCUCAGAACACAAAGCGUAUCCUCUCACCUUAAAGCAUCGUUCUUUCAUUCCACACCCGUCUUGGAACGCAAACGUCGCACUUCCUGGGAUUCGAAAUCAAAUGUUCACAGGAAGAGGUUCAGAAGAAUGAGAGAGAAGCAAGAGUUGCUGCGUAAUGUGAAUGCCUUCGCAUCAAACAUGUUUACGAGCUGGCAUGAUGAGUUUGACUACAAAGAGCCUCCUUCCUCACAGAAGCGAACCUCUUGGUUUAAAAAACAGUACGCCAAGGAACCUAAAGGGAAAUGGAACGGCAAACACGGUCCAAGGAACUUUGAUUUUUGCGAAGUGGAUGAGGACUUUGACAUUGAUUAUAUCUUCCCUGGUGGACCUCGAGGUUUCUCUUUCUCAUUCACCUAUGAAGACGAUGAACCUCCUCGAUGGUAUAGGGACCAGUCAUCAUCAAGGUCUUCGAGAUCGAAACAUCAUCGAAUAUACGAAGAUGAAGAUGAUGACUAUACAACUUCAACAGAGUCAAGUGACUCUGAGAGUGAGUCAGAACCAAACCAAGCUUCUCAUAGACAAGCACUUGGUCUUAGUCCUUCGGGUCCUUUAAACCUUAAAGACGUCAAACAUGCAUAUCGAGUUUGUGCACUAAAAUGGCAUCCAGAUCGUCAUCAAGGCUCUACUAAGGAAGCGGCUGAAGCAAAGUUCAAGCUAUGCAGUGUGGCUUAUCAAUCUUUAUGCGAAAAGCUAGGAGUGAACUAAGAUUAAAAGAGCUUAGAUAGUGUUUGAUUACUUACAUUAAUGUUUUCAAGUUGCUUCAUUUUAGAGCUCAUCUCAGAGCAAAACCUUUGUUCUGUUCAUUUUUAUUAUUAAAAGGUCACUACUGCAACGGCCCAUUAGCCCAA